AUGACAGAAAAAGAAUUAGCAACUAAUAAUAUGUCUGCCAAAAGCAGUGAGGUCCCUACUAACCAACAACAGCAAAAAGUAGACAAAAAAUUAAUCACCUUACAAGGAAUAACCACCUCCCAAAUUAGAACCCGAGAAAAAUUAUCCGAUACCCCUGCUUAUUGUUUUUUUAAACUGACAACCAGAUAUUGCCAAUAUUGUGAAGAAAAUUGUGGUUAUUUAGCCGAAGAUGUUCCUGUCAUUUUUAGAAUAAAAGAUGAAAUAAAAAGUAAAUUUCGGGAAUUCCUAGACCCUAAUUAUAUCGGAACUUACGAAAUGGAAAUAAAUAAUUGUCCUUUUUGUGAGGGAAAACUUGAAGGACAUUUUGACGAACCAAUUAAAAGCCAGAGAAAAAGUUUUACAGCCCACUCUUACCAACUCCUAAACCAAGAAGUAAAUCAACAAAUAGAAACUCAUGACAAAUAUGCCAAAUAA